GAAGAUCAGUUUCUGACUCUGUGAGAUGGAGAUAGUAAAGCAGACAUCAUAAGCUUUGAAGACGAAAGGCAAUAAUAUAUGUAAAGGAGUUAGCCCAGCAUCAGACAAAGUGGAAGUGCUCAAUCAACCAUGCCUGCUAGCACUGUUGGAACACUUAUGACUGUUAACUGAAUUCUCACACAGGCAUGGAUACAUUUCAGCAUUUUUCCUGCCUAUGGCUUUCUCUUUCUAGAGGGAGGUGAAGAAAUGUGUGUGUGUGUGUAUCUCUUUGGCCCAAGGUAACUCUAGCUAGGCAGGUUUGGAUUCCAUUCCUUGCUCUGCUUUUUUACAAUAUCCUCAUCUAUGAAAUGAUGCCAAGUGUAAUACCUGCCCAGGAAGGUUGCCAAUAUGACAACAGAUGGGAAGGACUUAGCACUGUGCUUGGUAUCCAGAAAACAUCCAUGAUGAAGGUGAAAUAACAGUAAUAGUAAGGAGCCAACACCAUCCCAACCACACCACCCUAGGAGCCAAGUAGGAAUUGACACAGGUUAAGAGACAUCAGUUGCUGUUGCCUGAAAGGCUAGCAAAGCAAUGUGAUUUCUCAGACAGUAGCUGGGUACUUAAAACAGACCUGGUUUUGGAGGUAUGACUAAAAGCAAAACAAAACAAAACAAAAAACGAUCGAGUAGAGCAUCAUUCCUAUUUAUUUUGCCAGUCCCUUUAUACUUGAGAACCUUAAAGAGAAAUGUAUGAUUCUAAAGUAACCCUGUUCUGCUAUGGCUCACUUUCAGUUGUGCACGACAUCUUAUCCUUAAGCAUCUUUUGUCAGGAGCAUCUCAGUAUGGGUGGGAAGUCUCUGCUCUUCUUUGCUGACGUGGACAGCAUCUAACUUCCUAAGGCUCCCGGUGUCUCUCCCACGCGCCCAGGCAAACCAACGCCACCACCACCCCGCCCAAGUCAUCCAUCCAGGUGACAUAGGUCCCAAAGCCCAGGACCUGCCGCACUUCGCAAACUGUGACUUUCACAGCAAACUGUCUGCGUGAAGACACUCUCUGACCUCUUCUAUUUGGUACCACACACGCAGCAUCUUUCCGAGGGAGACUUUGCUUGGGGAUUGUGGUGACAUUAUUCUGGCCCCCAGCUAGGGCGGUCUUGGGGGCGGGGCUUGGAGAACCUUCCUGAGAACACUUGCUUUCCUGCUCUGGUGAGCCAGCAAGCAAGCUAGCUAAUAAGCACAACCUAGGCGCAGGUUGGAUGGAUACCUAGGCGCUGAACUGAUGGAUACCUAGGCACUGAACUGAUGGAUACCUAGAUGCUGAACUGAAUCCUUGAGAGAACUGAGUCCUUGCCCUGGCUGUGCUUCCUUUUCUACCUUGGCUCACUUCUCUGCUGUUUUGGGAGCCACACUGAUGAGAAUCCCUGAGGAGAUGCUGCUGAGUGUGUGAUGUGCCACCCCAAAGUGGCUACUCCCCUGCCUGGGGGAUCGUGAAAGGAGGCUCGGUGGAAACAGCUUGUUCCUUGCCUUUUCACAGGCCAAGAACUCGACACUAGACUCAGUGCUGGGGGUGUUUGUUCCAAGUUUCUCAGCACGUAUGUUGAUGAUUGCAUUCCAGGGGCAAUCAAGAGUGAAGUUCAAAGAGAUACAACUGGAUUCUCCAUUGCAGACUCUCGAGUUAGAUCUAGAAGAGAGGUGUCGUCACUUGUUCUGACUUGUUCAUCUUCAUUCAGCAACUCGACUUGACACUGUGCAGCUGACUGAUCCUUGGAAACCAGUGGCUACUGGCGCUGUGUUGGGGAUGGAUGGGGACAGGUUCUGAACUCCAGACCCUAAGAGAUUCUCCACAAUGGACAGAGUUUAUGAAAUCCCUGAGGAGCCAAAUGUGGUUCCUGUUUCAUCUCUGGAAGAAGAAGUCAUCCGUGGGCCUAACCCGCGCUUUACCUUUCCAUUUAGCAUCCUCUUCUCCACCUUUUUGUACUGUGGGGAGGCUGCAUCUGCCUUGUAUAUGGUUAGAAUUUACCGAAAGAAUAACGAAACCUUCUGGAUGACAUACACCUUUUCCUUCUUUAUGUUCUCAUCCAUUAUGGUUCAGUUGACCCUCAUUUUUGUCCACAGAGACCUGGCCAAAGAUAGACCACUAUCAUUAUUUAUGCAUCUAAUCCUCUUGGGACCUGUUAUCAGAUGUUUGGAGGCCAUGAUUAAGUACCUUACACUGUGGAAGAAGGAGGGGCAGGAGGAGCCAUAUGUCAGCCUCACCCGAAAGAAGAUGCUAAUAGAUGGCCAGGAGGUGCUGAUAGAAUGGGAGGUUGGCCACUCCAUCCGGACCCUGGCUAUGCACCGUAAUGCCUACAAACGUAUGUCACAGAUUCAAGCCUUCCUGGGCUCAGUGCCCCAGCUGACCUAUCAGCUAUAUGUGACUCUGAUCUCUGCAGAGGUGCCCCUGGGUAGAGCUGUGCUAAUGGUCUUUUCCCUGAUAUCUGUCACCUAUGGGGCCACCCUCUGCAAUAUGUUGGCUAUCCAGAUCAAGUAUGAUGACUACAAGAUUCGACUUGGGCCACUGGAAGUCCUCUGUAUCACCAUCUGGAGGACCCUGGAGAUCACUUCCCGCCUUGUGAUUCUGGUGCUCUUCUCGGCCACCUUGAAGUUGAAGGCUGUGCCUUUCUUAGUGCUCAACUUCUUGAUCAUCCUUUUUGAGCCCUGGGUUAAGUUCUGGAGGAGUGGUGCUCAAAUGCCAAACAAUAUUGAGAAAAAUUUCAGCCGAGUCGGCACUCUGGUGGUGUUGAUUUCUGUCACCAUCCUCUAUGCUGGCAUCAACUUCUCUUGCUGGUCAGCCAUGCAGUUGAAGUUGGCCGACAGAGACCUUGUUGACAAAGGGCAGAACUGGGGACAUAUGGGACUGCACUAUAGUGUGAGGUUGGUAGAGAAUGUGAUCAUGGUCUUGGUUUUUAAGUUCUUUGGAGUCAAAGUGUUACUGAAUUACUGUCAUUCCUUGAUUGCUGUGCAGCUUAUUAUUGCUUAUCUGAUUUCCAUUGGAUUCAUGCUCCUUUUCUUCCAGUACUUGCACCCACUGCGCUCACUCUUCACUCAUAAUGUAGUAGACUACCUCCAUUGUAUCUGCUGCAGACACCACCGGGAAAGGGUUGAGAACUCGGAGUCACCCUGUGAGGCUGAAACAAGACAAAGCAUUGUCUGAUAUUUUAUUCUUCUGAACAUUAUAGAAUGCAUUUGGGGCUGACAAAAGCAACUGUGAACUUGAAGGAGAGGGCGAGACUCCUGGGUGUGAGUACUGAUGGGACUAUUUUCUUGACUCUUCUAGAAAGCCUGGCAAAAACAAAGAGUGACCUCCAAAUAGGCU